GCACACAAAUCUUAACGUACCAGACGUCCAACCUCAUUCAAAAUGAGGCUACUACUUUCUACGACUUUUGCAGUGAUGGCCUUUUGCUGCCUGUCUUUUGUUGAGUGCUCCUUGUCGGACGACACAGGAACCACUACUGGGAAGGGCACUGGAACUGGAACUGGUACUGGGACUGGGACUGGUACCGGCACCGGAACAACCACCACAACGACAACUGUUGAUCCGACAACCACCACUACCACCACUACGGAUGCGCCCGAGCACCACCGAAGAAUACAUCGGCGGAGAAGGCGCAUCCUCAGGAGAAUUCGACGCAGGCGCCUAGAAGCCGAGCGAAGACGCCGAAGGGGCUAGUCUGUGAAAAGUUUACAAUAUAUUUCUGAAGGUCUGCAGACAUGUUCGUCUCGUUUCGCUGUUGUUCCAUAAACAGCCAGCAUCUUGUUCCGAAAUAAAUUUAAAGUUUUUAAAAACAAA